AUGACAGUUCCAGAAACUCGUUCGAAGUCUAAUGAAGAUUAUGUGAAGAAAUUAGACAAUCAGUUACAAAACUACAUGGCAGAGACGAAUAAAAAAUUGGAAUCACAUGAUUCUAAGAUUGAUGAUGUGGGCAGGAAGCUGGAUGUGAUGAUGGACAGGCUUUUCACGGGCAAGGAUGGUAUAUUGGGGAGUGCUCCAGUGGAAGUCAAUCACGUUGAUGGCUCCAGUAUUCGACCUAGAUUUGCCGAGCAAAAUGAAUACUCCAUUGGUAGGAAGCAAGGAAAUAACCAUGGACAUAGGUUUGAAAUUCCUUACUUCGAAGAAGGUGACUCCAGAUCUUGGCUCCGCAAGUGUGAAAGAUACUUUCACUUCAAUCAGAUAACUGACCCUCGGGAGAAAUUAGAGGCUGCUGUCCUUCACCUCAAUGGAAGGACGGAAUCCUGGUAUUUCUCUUAUCAUCAGAGUAGGGGUACUGUGAGAUGGCCUGAGUUUGUAGAAGAAAUUAGUAAAAGAUUUGAGGAAUCUGACAAUAGCAAUCUUAACCUCUUAGGAGAGUUCAAAAGAAUUGAGAAACAAGGAUCAGUAAAUGAGUACCUUGCCAGAUUUGAAGAUUUGAAGGCUUGGGUCUUGAUUAAAUACCCCACUAUACCUGAAGAAUUCUUCCUUGGAUUCUUUAUUGAAGGACUCAAAGAUGAGAUUAGGCACACAGUCAAGAUGCUUGAUCCUUUUUCCUUGAGCCAAACAGUGGAGAAGGCUAGGCACAAAGAAAAGUUGUUAGAAGCAAUAGCAAAAAAAGGAAAAGCAAGCAUUACUAAGCAGUCAGUACAGUACAGUAAUAAUAAUGGCCAAACAGGAAUGAGAACAGCUGGGGUUCAACAGAAGGAAGGGGGAUCUACCUCCUACAAUGUAGGCAACAAAUUGUUUGAGGCAAGAAGAGCAAGGGGUGAAUGUUACAAGUGUGGGGAGAAGUACUUCCCUGGCCAUCAAUGUAAGAAUAAACAACUAAAUGCAUUGUCUGGAUCUACUGAACAUGAAGAAGUAGAAAUGAAUGCUGGGGAAGAAGGAGUAGUGGAUGAGCAAAAUCAAGAGAUAGUAAUUGAUGAGGCCAUUAGUCUUAAUGCCUUAUCUGGAACAGUCACAUCUACUACCAUCAAGUUGAAAGGGGUGUAUGGGAAACAAGUCAUGGUGAUAUUGGCAGACAGUGGUAGCACCCAUAGUUUUGUAGCUAGUGAAACUGCAAAACAAUUGGGGUGUAUGAUCCAGGUAGAUGCUCCAAUGAGAGUUACAACUGCAAAUGGGAGUAAUUUGAUGAGUUAUCAUUCUUGUCCUCAGUUCAAAUGGAAAAUGCAGGGUAUUGAAUUUGAACACAAGCUGAGAAUGUUAGACACUGGGGGAUGUGAUAUGGUAUUAGGAGUGGAUUGGAUGAGAAAGCACAAUCCUAUAUUGUUUGAUUUCAUUGGGUAUAGAUUGCAGGUAAGUGUGAAAGGAAAGAGAGUAGAAUUGAAGGGUUUUUCUGAAGAAGGGAGUUUACAGAGUUUAUCAGCUGCAGGGGUGAAGCAGCUGCUCAAGAAGGGUCAACUAUUGUGGGCUCAUCUCUUUACAAUUACUGCUCAACCUACUACAGAAGAAAGAAGCAUACCUGGACAAAUUAGGAGGCUAUUGAUUGAAUUUUCCGGAGUUUUUGCUGAGCCAAAGUCUCUGCCACCACAGAGGAGUCAUGAUCACUUCACUCCUCUCAAAUCAGAUACAGCUCCAGUCAGCAUUAGGCCCUACAGGUAUAACCAUUUCGAAAAGAAUGAGUUAGAAAAACAAGUGACUGACAUGCUUAAUAAUGGUAUCAUUCAGCCUAGUCACUCUCCUUUCUCCUCACCAGUGUUAUUUGUUAAAAAAAAGGAUGGCAGUUGGAGAUUUUGUAUAUAUUACAGAGAAUUAAACAAGAUGACUGUGAAAGACAAAUUUCCUAUACCUUUAGUAGAUGAUCUCAUGGAUGAAUUAAAUGGUUCAUGCAUUUAUUCAAAGAUUGAUUUAAGGGCUGGUUAUCAUCAGAUUAGAAUGAAGGAAUCUGACAUAUACAAGACUGCAUUUAGGACUCACUUGGGACAUUAUGAGUUCAAGGUUAUGCCAUUUGGGUUAACCAAUGCACCUGCUACCUUUCAAGGUUUAAUGAAUCAUGUAUUCAGGCCUUUCCUUAGGAAAUUUGUGCUGGUAUUUUUUGAUGAUAUAUUAGUGUACAGUUCUUCAAUAGAGAGUCAUGUUAUGCAUCUUAGACAGGUAUUAGAGGUGUUACAGAAAGAGCAACUGUAUGCCAAGUUGUCUAAGUGUGCUUUUGGUCACAGUCAAGUGGAGCAUUUGGGGCAUAUUAUUUCAGGUCAAGGGGUAGCUACUGAUCCUGCUAAGAUUGAGGUCAUGCUCAAUUGGCCUGUUCCUAAAUCUGUUAAGGCCCUUAGAGGUUUUUUGGGUCUCACUGGUUACUACAGAAGGUUUGUCAAGUCUUAUGGAAUUAUCAGCAAACCUCUCACCAAUUUACUAAAGAAGAACUCAUUCCAGUGGUCUAAAGAGGCUGAAACAGCCUUCAAUCAGCUAAAGACAGCCAUGUCUUCAGCUCCUGUUUUAGCCUUGGCUGACUUUAAUAAGCCAUUUAUUGUAGAAACUGAUGCUUGUUCUACAGGAAUGAGGGCUGUAUUGAUGCAAGAAGGUCGACCAAUAGCUUACUUAAGCAAGGCUUUUUCAGCACAGAACAGGGGAUUAUCAACUUAUGAGAAGGAAUAUAUGGCAGUUUUGACUGCAGUAGAGAAAUGGAGACACUAUUUACAAGGAGGUCAUUUUAUUGUAAGAACAGAUCAUCAAAGUCUUAAAUUUUUGUUAGAGCAAAAGAUUACCACAGCCCUGCAACAAAAAGGGCUAACUAAGCUGCUGGGACUUGAUUAUGAGGUGCAGUACAAGAAGGGCACUGAAAACAGGGUAGCUGAUGCCUUAUCAAGAAGACAGGACCAGGAGUCCACCUUAUUGGCAAUCUCUACUGUUUAA